UCCAGUUUGUUUGUUUUGCUGUGUUUCCACAAAACAUCCUGAUCAUCAUCCAAUAUGCGUGCCGUUCUUUUCUGUGUCCUUGCUGCUUGCAUUUUGAUCGUGAAUAGCACAGACGACGAGAUCUAUAGCCUUUUGGAGAAGAUCUUGGAGAAAGCUGCCGAUCCUUGCACGAUUCCCUAUAAAGUACUAGUCGAUUGCAAGGGAAAUUCUGGUGACUGUUCAAAGUUAAAAGAUGUAGGAGCAAGGCGACUUCAAAUAUGUGCAGAUUGCCUCCAGUCAAAGAAGUUAACCGUUAAUAAAUGUAGACCUGUCUGCGGCAAGUGUCCAGUUCAAGAAACCUGCGACAGAUGUCUCGGAUCGCCAGUCGUAGAAGACGCUCUAGUUAGAUGCUUAAACGCCGGUGGGGCGUGUGCAUCUUCAUAAUGCUAGUUCUGUACCUUGGCACAUAUAUAUGGCAUUGCAUGGUUUUGACGCAAUAAAUAUACUGUAUAAAUAUAAAUUUAUGGUGUAUUUUGUUCUCUCGAGUAGUACGAGUUCUUAGGCAAAUCUAGUAUCGCCCAUGAUACGAUUAAGACUACGAAUGAAUGAAUGAACAAAUUUAACCAAAAUAUCAAUAUUUUUUUUAUCGAAUGCCAGUGUUGUCAAAUACGAUGAAAGAGAAAAAAAAAUAAAAAUGAUUAAUUUUUUCCCCAACAACUAUGUAUGCUAUAAGCACGCAAGUCUCUUUAAGCAUUCUCAUUAAGCUUUCUAUAAUAAACAAAACAACACAGUGAUGGCGUUGGAAUCUGCCCGACACAACUAGGGAGGGGAUAAACAGUCGAAGCGGGCAAUUUGGCUGAGGGCCGCCCAGGGCUCCUGGUCGGGCAGGCUACAAAUAUUGGACGAACUUUGGUGAAUUAAUAUUUGUUUUUAAAUAGGCAUCUAAUAUAGUCAGUGGCGACGAAUUUGCCAACCGAAGACCCCGGAGCUCACGCUUGGAAAUCGCACUCUCAUAUCUAUUAAAUUAAUUAAAAUGAUUUAGAUAUAAUAAAAGUGGUAGAAUGUUUAAAUGUACAAAGAU